GCAUUGAAGCGCAGUGUGAGACACUGGGAGGUUACAUUUGAAACAGCAGUUUGGUGCUGGUAUAAUUGAUUCCAUAUUAGCCUAGCCUAGCCUCAGUGAGUGCACUCGGAGAGAUAUCACUGCUGCGCGUUUCCCUGGCGUGGGCUGCUGCUGCAACGACAGGAUAAGAUCCAACCAAGCGACCUCACCUCACUCCAAAGCACAGAGGGCGAGAAGGACAGAAAAACGGAAACGCUAACAUGACAACCAAAAAGCCGCAGAGCCUACUCCGGGAGGCUUCUCAUCAAAUUAUUGCCGGUGGAUCUGCAGGUUUGGUGGAGAUCUGCUUGAUGCAUCCUCUUGAUGUGGUGAAGACAAGGUUCCAGAUCCAAAGGGGAACCAGUGACCCCACCAGCUACAAGAGCCUUGGUGACUGCUUCCGAACCAUCUUCCGCAGAGAGGGCAUCUUUGGCUUUUACAAGGGAAUUUUGCCUCCAAUUGUGGCCGAGACACCAAAGAGAGCGGUCAAGUUCUUCACCUUUGAGCAAUACAAGAAGGCACUGAAUUUGACCCCUUUGUCUCCCGGCCUGGCGCUGUCUGUAGCAGGCCUCGGCGCAGGCUUGACUGAGGCUGUUGUCGUCAAUCCGUUUGAGGUGGUGAAAGUCAGUCUCCAGGCCAACAGAGAUUCCUUCAAAGAGCAACCCUCCUCUUUUUCUCAAGCAAGACGCAUCAUUAAUUCAGACGGCUUUGGACGGAGGGGCCUGAAUAAAGGAUUAACGUCAACACUGGGACGUCAUGGAGUUUUUAACAUGAUCUACUUUGGCUUCUACUUCAAUGUCAAGGAUGCUAUUCCUACCAACCCGGACCCUACCCUUGAGUUUCUGAGGAAGUUUACUAUUGGCCUGGUGUCCGGGACCAUCUCCUCCUGCGUGAACAUUCCCUUUGACGUAGCCAAGAGCCGCAUCCAAGGCCCCCAGCCGGUGCCAGGAGAGAUCAAGUACCGCACCUGCUUCCAGACCAUGGCAGUGGUGUACCGAGAGGAGGGGUACAUGGCGCUAUACAAGGGGUUGGUGCCCAAGAUAAUGAGGCUUGGACCAGGUGGGGCAGUGAUGCUACUGGUCUAUGAAUAUGUGUCUGGAUGGCUACAGAAGAACUGGUAAAACAAAAAAUAAAAGAAGACAGGAAGAGUGCCUUAGAUAUUGUGCCUCAAUGUUAAGUCAUUGUCAAGGACAGACCAAAUUAGUUUCUUUUUUACCCGUAAAUAUAUACAGAACUGCAAUAAAUAUAUGAUGGUAGGUUUUUCUUCAGAUGCUGCAUUCAAAGCCAGUUUCUCAAGAGGUGCUGCUACACGGCUUGAAACAGCUGCAGUGUUGGCAAAUAUAUUUAUAGCAGAACACAAGUUUUUAUUACUUGAUCAAUAGCUUUUAAUGUUCACUUUCAAAUAAAAUAAAACGGCAAGAAUAGACUGAGUGUAUGUUUACAUGACAAUCACAAACUCUAGACCCACUACAAAGUGAUCACGUAUAGAUCAUCUUUAUAUAGCUGCACAGCACAUGUUAUAUGACAAAACUUGAACGCACAUUGAGUUCAGAUGAGCCUCACUUCCUCGACCGACCUGACCAGAGCUCUGCUGAGCUCAGCGGAUCAUCCAUCUCCAUCAAACAUCACUCGUGUUUUAACAUAAACUGCUCAUUAAGAGGCAGCUUUUGAAAUCAGCACACCACCCACCAGCCAUAGAGUCUAUGUGCACACAUAUAUACAUCUGUAUGUAUACGUUUUUAUACUCAUCGCGCACACUUGAUCACAAACGUAUACGGUGAUCACACCCACAGUACUAAGCUUUACAUUUCAAAGAAACCAAAUAGCCGCAACAGUGCCUUACAAAUCUUAUACACUGAUAUUGUGGAGGCCUUUUGCAGAACUUUUUAAGACUAAUAUUUUUCAUGUACCACCUAUAAAUUGGACUAGUAUAAAAUGUGUGUUUUUUAAGCUUUUAUUGGUAGGCAUUUGUGGUAAUUUGACUAUUCCGUUAUCAUUUGAAAUGUACUUGCAUGUAUUGGUAACAAAUAAAAA